AUUCUACAAACAGCUGUGGUCACAGUACGGCUGCUCGCUUAGCCAAUCAAGUAUCAAUCAGAUUACCAAUCAGAGCUUUGGACAUCAAUGUCGCUUCUCUCUUUAUAUAGGACUCUAGUCUAGAGUAUGGUCUACUGCGCAUCUGGUUACUUGUUUCACCUUUCUUCUUACAUCAUGGUUACUUGUUUCACCUUUCUUCUUACAUCAUGAACGCAGCCAUUGCGCAAUGUUUUUGCCAGAUUCAAUGUGUGAAGAGGUUAUCCGACGAGGAUGAGUAUUCUGAAUUUACUACCUGCAUUAUCACGACUAUCAGUGCGAGCUAUAUCUAGCAUUCGAAACAUAUCGACUUGCACCAAUCCAUUGUACUUCAGAGUCAGCAGUAUGCUUUUAGGAGAACCAUUAAAGAGAAAGAAAAAACUAGACCCAGCAAUUAUCAGAGCACGAGAAGAAAGAAGGAAAAGGAAGUUAGAAAAGCAAAUUCGUAGAUUAGAAAAACAAGCUAAGCAGCUGAAACCAGUUUUUGAGCUGGAAAUACCUUCGAAAUUAAUAGAGGAAAGGAAUAAGCUAUUAGUGUAUUAUAUUAAUAAUACAUUCAUAGCAAAAACUAAUUUUAGUCAAAGAUUGCGAAAACUUCCACCAAUAUCAAAAGAGGAAGAGGAAGCCAGAAUUUUAUUGCAAAAGGAUUGGAAUAGAUACAAAAGUCAACAGAGUAUGGCUAACGUCCAGGCAGUAGAUUCUAUCCUUUAUUCGCAACAAAGGGCACUCGAUGAACUGAGGAUGGAAUCGGAAGAACUGUAUCAAGAAGCGAUACAAUUGGAUCUCGGACUUCUACCAUAUACUGCGAAAGGUCCGUUAAAAACACCUGUAAUAAAAAAUUACGACAGUCCCGAUGGAGAAUACACAAAUCUUACUCGGAAAUUUGACGGUGAGGAAUGUGUUUCUGAUGCUGUACCAGCUGUACAAAGAAACUGAUUUAACUUUACAUCAAAGAAUGUGUACAAAUAAAACGUAUAUUUCCAGUUUGAAAUAUGGAUUUAUACAUUUAACAAUAUUACAUGAAUUCUUAAUAAAAUUUACGAAGUGAUAGAAGCAAUUAAAUAAUUUAA